AUGCGCGAUCCCCUUCCACCUCCGCCACCUUGGCUGGUCGAAUUCACCAAGCCGUACGCCGAAGCGCUCUAUCUUCCUUCUUUGCCUUAUCACAUUCACGAGGUCCUAUUUGCGUUCAUACUUUACCAAUCCACUCAAUCCUUCUUCUCGCCUGUGCUUUCCAACCUGCUCUUUCCCCACAUCUACCCGAAGCUGACACGCCGAACCCGAAUCAACUGGGAUGUGCACGUGGUGUCUCUAUUGCAGUCAUGCCUGAUCAAUGGACUGGCGUUGUGGGUUAUGUUCAAAGAUGAGGAACGAUACGACAUGCAGCACAGUGCUGUUGAGCGGGUUUAUGGAUACACGGGAGCGUCUGGGCUCAUUCAAGCUCUGGCAACAGGAUACUUCGUCUGGGACAUCGUAGUCAGUACUCGCUACGUGAAGAUCUUCGGUCCCGGCAUCUGGGCGCAUGCCGUGACCGCCUUGUCGGUCUUCUCCCUAGGCUUCCGGCCGUUCUGCAACUACUACGGCCCAGUCUUUAUCCUGUACGAGCUGUCGUCACCCUUCUUGAACAUCCACUGGUUUUGCGACAAGCUCAACAUGACAGGGUCCAAACUCCAGUGGUAUAACGGAAUGAUCCUCUUGGGCACGUUCUUCGGCUGUCGACUACUUUGGGGCACCUAUCAGUCUUUGCGAGUCUACCAGGACGUUUGGCACACAAUGCAUCUAAACACUACAGCGCCCAUAUAUCGUGAGGUGCAUGACUCCCUGCACGCAUCCAUCUUUAGCCCAAGAGAUGGCCAGCUGUGCUUGGGUGAGACCAGCUGUCUCCUGGCUCAGACCGAGGUGAUGCAGUUCGUAGGAUCGCACACUCAAGCCGUGCCACUCUGGCUUGCUGGCACUUAUCUGACAUGCAAUUUGGUCUUGAAUUCUUUGAACUUUUACUGGUUUGGAAAGAUGAUCGAGACGGUUCGCAAGAGGUUUGACGGAAAGCCUAAUGAUGAACUCAAACGAGCGCCCAAUCGAAGAGCUAGCAUGGUGGAAGAAAUGGCCACCGAAUUAGACUAUGAGACCUUGUCGGGACCAAAAACCCCUUUCGAGGAGAAGGGUGAUGCAUUUACAACGAGUGCCGCUGUGGCAGCCAACAAGGCGGAGGUGAAGAGGCGAUGA